CUGGCGGCACAAGGAGCUUUCAUCAGCAGAACAGAUACUAAGGGGUCAGAAACAGAAGGGAAAUCUUGAAGAGACACUGGGAGAGGGCAGGAAAAGAGUGAAUCAAUUUUCAGGAGUUCUAUUGCUCUCCUCUCUUCCAUUCUUUCUGGAAAUGAAUGUUUUCUGUCUCUCUCUUUCUCAGCCAUUCUCCCAGUCUCUCUAUCUCCCUCUUUGGCUUCACUGGGGCCAGCGAUUAGUAUUUGCCCCCCUCACUCCCUGCCGUUGAGGUCAAACCAAGAGAGGAGAAAACAAUCACACAGCACCUACCAGACUGACUGAGAGCGAGAGAGAGAGCAUGAGACAGACCGAGAGAAAGCGGUAGGGAACAUCUUAAUUUUGGAUGAGAAUGGUGUAAACUGAGUGAUGAUCUCAGAUAAUCAUACAGCUGGGGUGUACACCAGAGACAGAGAGAGAAAAGUAAACUAGUCAGGAAGAGAGGCAGAGAGCGGAGACAGAGGAAGGAGGGAACAACUGGGAGUUGUUAAGUGAUUGAGCGGAGCUGUCAGAACCAGGGCUCAGAAAAACACGUUUGUAUUUAAUUGUUAACACGCUCCUGCUGGUUUUAAUGAGUAGUUCACUUCUAGUUAGUGAAUCCUUCUGGAAUUUUCCAAGGCUGGAUUAAUGUGCCCACUGGGGAGUUGGGCAGGUACAGGCACCAAUUACAGAGCAGGAGGGAAGUCCCUGGGUAGUUAAUGUGACAACAGGCUCCAGCAGCUGAAGCACUGAGCGUCGCACCGCGGAACAACGCCCGCAAAUGAUGCUGGCGUUGAGAAAUACAGUGAUCAGAGAGGGUCAGACUCGCAGCUGUGGGUGAGCCAUUGCUGAGGAAGACAGCCAGACGGCCAACACAUCACCAUGGACACCUAGUCCCUGCGUUCCUGAUCAGGGGCAACGCACAGGCGACACCGUCUGUCUGUGGAGUCAGGGGGACAGUCAGCAUUAAAUUGACUGGAGGAGUCACCAGGAGGAAGGUUCAACCAUGGAGCAUCUAACGGAGGACAACUGGAGAGAGAUAGCAGGGAAGAAGAUGAAAUUCCCACCCACUCUGAUUGGAGCCAUCUACGAUGGGAACUUGGCCAAACUUUAUAAGUUGCUGCAGACGAGUGAUGGUCUCCUGAGGCAGCUCGAUGAUGCAGAAGACCGAUCUUGGAGAGAGGCUCUCAACCUGGCCAUCCGCAUGGGCAAUGAGGAAAUUAUCAUCAACCUCCUGCGGCUGGUCAAGUUCGACUUCCGGCAGAUCCAUGAGGCACUGCUGGUGGCCGUGGACAUGAACCUCAUCAAUGUGGUCAAGCUCCUGCUGGAGAGGCUGGACCAGCAGAAAGGAGUCAGUCACAACAAGGUAGACAUCAUGUCCUUCUCCCUGGCCUUGUUCGACCACUCCAUUGACAGCUCCCGAUUCGCGCCUGGGGUCACCCCGUUGACCCUGGCUUGCCAGAAGAAUCUGUUUGAUAUCGUGGACCUGCUGAUGAAGAAGGGCCAUGUCAUUCCGAUCCCCCACAAGAUCUCCUGUGCCUGCCCAGAGUGUCUCAACGCCCGGCAGUAUGACAUGCUCAAGUUCUCGCUGUCUCGCAUUAACACCUACAAAGGUCUGGCCAGCAGGCCCUACCUCUCCAUCGCCAAUGAUGAUGCCAUGUUGAGUGCCUUCAAGCUGAGCCGGGAGCUCAAACAACUGUCCAAGAAAGAGCCCGAGUUUAAGCCGGAAUAUCUAAGCCUGGAGGAACUCUGUCAGGACAUGGCAGUGGAGCUGCUUGGAAUGUGCCGGAAUCAGAGUGAAGUGAAUGCUGUGCUGAAUGAUUGUGGUGAUGAAAGUGUGGAAGAUACGGAUAACCAAGCCUUUGAAGAAGGGAUCCCCAACCUGGGCAGACUGCGCCUUGCUGUCAACUACAAUCAGAAGAGAUUCGUGGCACACCCGAUUUGCCAGCAAGUGCUCACCUCGAUCUGGUGUGGGAAGCUCACCUGGUGGAGAGGCAGCAAGACCAUUUCGUUGGUGUUCGUCUCAUUGGGGAUGUUCCUCACCAUGCCCUUGCUAUGUCUGUUCUACUGGAUUGCCCCAAAAUCCAAGCUUGGACAGAUUGUUCGCACUCCUGUUAUCAAGUUCCUCCUUCACUCCUCAUCCUACAUCUGGUUCCUGGUCCUGCUCCUGGUGGAAUCAAUAAUUGCACAGCAAUUCCGGGAUGUCUCCACGUCCAGGAACCAACCAAUCUACGUCAACUCCAUCCAUAUGGUUUGGGUGGUGGGGUUUUUCUGGUACGAGUGUAAAGAGGUUUGGAUUGAGGGAUUGCGCAGUUACCUGCUCGACUGGUGGAACUUCCUGGAUAUUGUCAUUCUCAGCAUGUACCUGGCAUCAUUUGCCCUCCGGAUAGUGGUCUACCUGAGCGGCAAGCUCUACUGUUUGGCAGACAGUGCAUCGUACUACUGCUUCUACUUCACAGACGCAGACAGGCAUGAAUGGAGACAGGAGGACCCCCAGAUGGUGGCAGAGGUGCUGUUCGCAAUCACCAGUAUGCUGAGCUUAGCCAGGCUGACAUCCAUCCUACCAGCUCACGAAACCCUCGGAACACUCCAGAUUUCCAUCGGGAGGAUGAUUGAUGACAUGAUGAGGUUUAUGUUUUUACUGAUGAUCAUCUUGACUGCCUUCCUGUGUGGAAUCAAUAACAUUUAUGUCCAUUACAUCGAUCUGGAUCGACUUGGAAAUUUUAAUGGAACGCUCCAAUUCCUCUUCUGGACCAUGUUUGGGAUGGAGGAACCAACUUCAGUGGAUCUGACAGAGUUUGUGGUGGCAGAGUUUGUAGGACGGAUCCUGUAUGGGAUUUUCACAAUCAUCAUGGUCAUAGUGCUGCUCAACAUGUUAGUCGCUAUGAUCACAAACUCCUUUCAGAAGAUUGAGGAUGAUGCUGAUGUCGAGUGGAAGUUUGCUCGAUCCAAGCUGUACCUUUGCUAUUUCCGGGAAGGCCUCACUCUGCCUGUUCCAUUCAACAUCAUCCCAACCCCCAAGUCCUUCUUCUACAUGAUCAGGUGGUUUUUCCGGAAGCUGUGUUGUGUGAGCUCCAAGAAAGAUGAUUAUCCUCCACUACCAACAUCAAUUGCUAACACAGCCGUGGGCGGUGACAGCUGUCAGUCUGGGAGCAGGGUCUCCUAUCGAUUACAGGUGAUAAAGACCUUGGUACAGCGAUACAUCGAAACAUCGCGACAAGAAUUUGCAGAGAAACAACGGAAAGACCUUGGGAACCGUAUCACAGAUUUGGGGAAGUUUGUGGGCCGUUUGCAGUCAGAGAUUAAGCGCCUACGGUACAGCAUGGGCGCUGCGGGCACAACUGCUGCCAAAUCAGGAGAUGCCUCUGCCGUCCUGGGCAAAUACAUCCUGGGCGCACGCAACCGAUUCCAGGAGACGGACCAGGACUCCGAAUCCGGCUCACCCCGGGCCUCCUUCAAAGCCACGGUCCACCAGAACUCCGAAGACACAGUCCCUGGCAAAGCUGCCAACAAGGACGAGGAGGAACCUGAAGAGUGCCCACCUUACCCCUGCAAGGAAGACAGCACCAGCACUGCUCCAGACUCUACACCAGGAACUGAUAAGGGGUCACCCACAGAGAAGGGCGUGGGACCUUCCAAGAAGACAGAAGAGGAGAAAGAAUGAGACAUCGUCACUUCUAUAGAAUGACUCAGGAUCGGGAACGUGCACGCUCCUGCCGAAUUUAUCAGGACUUUUAGCAUGCAAUCUGCCUCAGUGCAGUGUCACUGAACCAUCGCUCAGCUCAUUGCUAUUCUCUCUGUGUCAAGAAGGCAGCAAAGUGCCUUUGAUGCUCCCUCACUCUCUCAUCCUUUAUCAAAAAGCAGAGUACUGUGGAUGCUGGUAAUCUGAAACAAAGAGAAAUCACUCUGAAGAGACUCACCAAGUCUGGCAGAAUCCAGGGAGAAAGGCAAUCAGAGUUAACAUUUUGGACUAAGACAGGAAUAAUUUGUGAUGUAACCAUUUAGGGACAACAUGCCUGGGACAAGAGGAAUAAGGUGAAUGGCAACUCAUGUUGACUAAUAGAAGAGUUGUUCUUAAUCAUCACACCUUCAUUAUUCCAUCUCUCCUAACCACACCCUAUCACAGACCUUUCUUUUGUCAUUGAUCCAAACCCAUUCCAUCUCCGACUUUUCCAAGUUCUGAGGGACAUUCACAGACUCGAAACAUUAACUUUGUUUCUCUCUUCACAGAUGCUGCCAGACCUGCUGAGUUUCUCCAGUGCUUAUCCUGUUUUGUCUCUGUUUUUUAAGGCUAGUUUUUAGUGAUUGAAUCAUUAGAAAGGAAUGAUGCCAAGAUGCAAUAUAUUUGGGUGCGUUUGUUCUUGUGACUAAGGCAUUGGCUUCAACUUGGGACAAAUAGCAGAGAAAUCUGGCUACAAAACCAAAAUCUGAGGGUAGAGCACCAUUAAAGUCGCUGCCAAUACAUGUAGGGGGUCAAAAGAAUGUGGAAGAUGGAAGAACGAGAUAUGUAGUCACUGAGGAAGGACAUAGUGAACGGGAUAGUGGAGUAAAAUGAUGGAUAUAGGUUACACCACUGUUUACACUUAGCGACACAGGUUGGUAAGACGAUUGUAUUUAAUGGAGUUAAAAAGAACGGGAAUUGUGGCAGGUUUGUAUUGUCCAUAUUUGAACUCUCUUGCUACUGCCCUGAUGUAGCCUCCCUAUUAUCGAAAGGACAGAGAGGUUUUGUGAUAAGACUUCAGUGAUGAUUUUGGCACAACAAAAGGUUUUAGCAAUUAUCAAACAGUCUGGGUUUCUUUCUCUGGAAGUGGGAAGUCUGAGGGUGAUGGAAGGGGUCUUUAAAAUGAAGAAAGGUUUUGAUCAGUUCAAUGGAGAAAAGAUCUUUCUGCCUGUGGUAAGACUGGUACCAGGGUCCAUCAAUAUAAGACAGUCUCAAAUAAAUCCAAACAAAAUACAGGAGAAAAUUCCUCACCCAGAGAGUGGACUGAACGUGGGCCUUGCUCCCAUAGGGAGUGAUUGAGGUAAAUCUCACUGAUUCAUUUACAGGGACAUUGUGUGGGUGCAUAAUGAAGAAAGGACUAUCAAGAUAUGGUGAUGACAUGAGAGGAAAUGGAGAUGAAGGCGGAGUCCGGUGGGCAGCAGAAACAAAAGCACAGAGAAGAUGGGCUGAAUGGCCUGUCGUGUCCUGUUGACUUAAUGAGAAGGGUAUUGGCUUAGACAAUGGGAAUGAUACCAACCCUUGAUUUCUGGGACCCGUUAUUCCAAUAGGGCCCAGGAGGAGGAGAUGAGUAUCUCAUCUGUGACUCAUGAAAUAAUUUUGAGAUGUUAUAAACUCAGAUCCAAACCCUCUCUAAUCUGGAAUUAAAUUUAAAAACUUACAGUGAACAAGGUAGUGUAGAUGGAGCUUGAAUCUGCAUCUAACUCUGUACCAUCAUGUGCUGGGAGUGUUUGAUGGGGGACAGUGCAAAGAAAGCCUUACUCUGUAUCUAACCCUGUGCUGUCCCUGUCCUGGGAGAGUUUGACGGGGAAUAGUGUAGAGGGAGCUUUACUCUGUGUCUAACCCUGUGCUGUACAUGUGCUGGGAGUGCUUUAUGGGGGACAGGAUAGAGGGAACUUUACUCUACGUUUAACCUGUGCUGUCCCUGCCCUGGGGGUGUUGGAUGCAGGACAGUGCAGAAGGAGCUUUCCUCUGAUUGUGAUCCCAGAGUGCAGUGCUGACUGAGGGCAGGUGCAUGUUGGGAUGCUCAGUGAGUCGGAGUGAGCAGGACACUGAGCAGUGCAAGCCCUGAGGGGUGGGGAAACAGGUUGGAGGGGCAUUUGCAGUAUUAAACGGUGAACACCUCAGUGAUUGAUGCAUGAAGUGAGAUGGGAUAGAAGCUCAUUGUAACCGCGCUGGAAUUAAAGAGCCACAAACUCUGAAACUGUC